GCAACUUUAUGUCCUGUGUGUCUUUUGUAAUUAUCUUUUUUAAGGCACUAUAUCUGCAAUAAUAUUUACUGCAUCAAACAUCAUAAAUUAAUAGCAGCUUUUGGACUGAGCAUUUAACCUGAAGCAACCUUCAAGGUGGCAUCGGCAUAGAUCUUUGAAUAAAGAAGUUGACUGAAAGAUUAUAUGUAGGACCUGAUUUUUCCCCCCUUACUGCCCCCACUCUUUUUUUUUUCUUUUUUACUUUGGUCUGAAUGAAGCUAUAAGAAGAACUCUAUUCACAGUGAUGAAAAGAAGCAUUGGAGUGAUGAACUACUUCUGCGAGAAAAGUCUAAAGCAAUAAUUCCAAUGCUUAUGCUUUAGUAUUUUCCUAAAGUGCUUGUACUUGCUGUUUUUAUGCCUUCUUGGAGCAGCUAGAGCAGUGGGCUGAUGGUUGACGACAAAUGUACUGCAUUGCUUUCUGCCUGAUAGAGUGAAGCAUUCUUUGUUACUGUAUGUUAGAGAAACUGGGUUGAACAAAGAGUAUUAUCAUUAUUAUUUGCAUUUAAUUGUCCUUUAUUGUCUGAAUUGUUACGUGUAAAAGUACUGUAACCUAGCUGUACAUUUCAGGAAUGUUUAAAUGAAGAAACAUUAAUCUUAAAGAUCUAGCUUUGAAUAACUACAGAAAAAUAAUUUUUACUUUUUACUAGAUAUGAAAAUUAAAAUUUUGUUAAUUAAAAUGAAUUAUGAAUGGGAGCACUUGAUUAGUCAUGUGUGCCUUUUCUGGUAGAAAUCUGACUACUAUUAACUGGAGACUGUCCUUGCAGGACUGGGGAGAGCUGUGAUUAUCUCUGCCAGAGCAAUUGUCUCUUUCUGCACAGAAUGUUGUUAUGUUGUAUAUAACAACGAGCAUACUGUUUAGAGAAAACUUCUGUAGAAAUUAAACAAAAGCAAUGUAUUUGAUAUAAGAUAUAGAAUAUAUGUGCUGUUGUGGUUUAUAUUUUAACAUUGUUUGAAUGAAGAUCAAUACUGAAUAAAAAUUCAGUAGGAACAGAUUUUUUGUUUAUGGAAUAUUACUUGAAAACUUUGUUAGAAAAUACCUUGUUAACUGAAUUGGCAACUUGUAAACAUAUUAGUUGCAUGAGUUAAAAUUUGAAAACACAGGAGUAGUUUUUGGUAAUUUAGGUUAGAAGAAAAGAACUUAUGUUCUGUGUCUGUUUCACUACAACAAGGCAAUUGCAAAUUUAAGUUGCUGGUUUUUUUAAUGAUCAAAUGAGUCGAGUGUGUAUUGUUGUUUUGGAGGAGGUGGAAGAUGAUUCUCCCACAUUUAUUUCCAAACUGCCUCAGGAAAACUUAUCUCUACAUCCUUCAGCUUCAGAAUAUGGCAUGGUAAGGCCACCACUUGUCCAAGCUAUAUUUAAUGGAGAUCCUGAUGAAGUUCGUGCACUAAUCUUUAAAAAAGAAGAUGUCAAUUUUCAGGAUAAUGAAAAGCGGACCCCUUUACAUGCUGCUGCAUAUUUUGGAGAUGCAGAAAUUAUUGAGUUGCUUAUUUUAUCUGGAGCUAGAGUUAAUGCCAAAGACAGCAAGUGGUUAUCUCCUUUACACCGAGCUGUUGCAACACGUAGUGAGGAUGCUGUUCAGGUGUUGUUGAAGCAUUCAGCUGAUGUCAAUGCCCGUGACAAAAACUGGCAAACACCAUUACACAUAGCAGCUACAAAGAAAGCUGUCAAGUGUGCAGAAGCUUUGGUGCCGCUACUUAGUAAUGUAAAUGUAUCAGAUCGUGCUGGUAGAACAGCAUUACACUAUGCAGCGUUGAGUGGACAAGUUCAGAUGGUCAAUUUAUUAUUGUCUAGAGGUGCCAAUAUCAAUGCCUUUGAUAAAAAAGAUAGACGGGCUAUCCACUGGGCAGCCUAUAUGGGUUAUAUUGAUGUAGUAAAACUGCUUGUAGCUCACGGAGCAGAAGUGACAUGUAAAGACAAGAAAUCAUAUACACCAUUACAUGCUGCAGCAUCUGCUGAUAUGAUUAAUGUAGUCAAGUACCUUCUUGAUCUUGGAGUUGAUAUCAAUGAACCAAAUGCAUAUGGUAAUACACCUCUUCAUAUUGCUUGCUUCAAUGGACAAGAUACUGUUGUAAAUGAACUGAUAGACCGUGGUGCUAAUAUAAAUCAAAUGAAUAAGAAGGGAUUUACACCUUUACAUUUUGCUGCUACAUCAACUCAUGGAGCUUUAUGUUUAGAGGUCCUGGUUUGUAAUGGAGCAGAUAUAAAUGCGAAGAGUAAAGAUGGAAAAACACCAUUACAUAUGACAGCUAUUCAUGGAAGAUUUUCAAGAUCGCAAACCAUCAUCCACAAUGGAGCGGAAAUAGACUGUGAAGAUAAAAAUGGAAAUACACCAUUACACAUAGCAGCUAGAUAUGGCCAUGAACUGCUCAUUAACACACUGAUUACAAGUGGUGCUGAUAUAUCAAAGCGGGGUAUACAUGGAAUGUUUCCUCUCCAUUUGGCAGCAUUAAGUGGAUUUUCAGACUGUUGCAGAAAGCUGCUUUCAUCAGGCUUUGAAAUAGAUACUUCAGAUGACUUUGGCAGGACUUGCCUUCAUGCAGCUGCAGCUGGAGGAAAUUUGGAGUGCCUUAAUCUGCUGUUCAACACAGGUGCAGAUUUUAAUAAAAAAGACAAAUUUGGAAGAACUCCACUCCACUAUGCUGCUGCCAACUGUAAUUACAAGUGUCUGUUUGCCCUUGUGGGUUCUGGAGCUAGUGUAAAUGACCUUGAUGAAAGAGGUUGUACACCACUACAUUAUGCAGCUGCAUCAGACACUGAUGGAAAGUGCCUGAAAUACUUACUUCGAAAUGAUGCAAAUCCAGGGAUUCGAGACAAGCAAGGUUACAAUGCUGUUCAUUAUGCUGCUGCUUAUGGACAUCGUUUAUGCCUUGAAUUGAUUGCCAAUGAAACACCUUUAGAUGUUUUAAUGGAAACAUCAGGAUCUGACAUGCUGAAUGAUUCAGACAACAGGGCACCGAUUAGUCCAUUGCAUUUAGCUGCCUAUCAUGGACAUCACCAAGCUUUGGAAGUAUUAGUGCAGUCUUUGUUGGAUCUUGAUGUCCGGAACAAUAAUGGAAGAACACCUUUGGAUCUUGCCGCUUUUAAGGGACACGUUGAAUGUGUGGAUGUACUCAUUAAUCAGGGAGCCUCUAUCUUGGUAAAAGACUACAUUGUAAAGAGAACACCAAUACAUGCUGCUGCUACAAAUGGUCAUUCAGAAUGCUUGCGGUUGUUAAUUGGAAAUGCAGACACACAGAAUGCUGUGGAUAUUCAAGAUGGAAAUGGACAAACCCCUUUGAUGUUGUCUGUUCUUAACGGGCAUACAGAUUGUGUCUAUUCCCUGCUCAACAAAGGAGCAAAUGUAGAUGCCAAAGAUAACUGGGGAAGAACAGCAUUACACAGAGGGGCAGUUACUGGGCAUGAAGAAUGCGUAGAAGCACUGCUUCAUCAUGGUGCAAAAUCCACAUUACGAGACUGCAGAGGACGUACACCUAUACAUUUAUCUGCUGCUUGUGGACAUAUUGGGGUAUUAGGAGCACUCUUACAAUCAUUGUCACCUGGGGAUAUGAUACCGGCUGACAAUCAGGGAUAUACAUCAUUACACUGGGCAUGUUACAAUGGUCAUGAUUACUGUGUGGAAUUUCUUUUGGAUCAGGAAGUUUUUCAGAAAAUGGAAGGAAAUUCUUUCAGUCCCUUACAUUGUGCAGUGAUAAAUGAUAACGAGGGUGCUGCUGAAAUGCUAAUUGAUAUACUGGGAUCAGAAAUUGUAAAUUCUACAGAUGCAAAGGCAAGAACUCCCCUCCAUGCAGCAGCCUUUACAGAUCACGUAGAGUGUUUACAGCUUUUGCUUAGCCAUAAUGCACAAGUAAACUCUGUAGAUUCUUCUGGGAAGACACCUUUAAUGAUGGCUGCAGAAAAUGGGCAAACAAAUACAGUUGAGGUAUUGGUUAGCAGUGCUAAAGCUGAUCUGACUUUGCAAGAUAAGUGUAAAAACACUGCACUACAUCUGGCUUGCAGCAAGGGUCAUGAAACCAGUGCCUUGUUAAUAUUAGAGAAGAUUACAGAUAGAAAUCUGAUCAACGCCACCAAUACAGCAUUGCAGACGCCUUUACAUGUUGCUGCACGAAAUGGAUUAACAGUUGUAGUUCAAGAACUUCUGGUAAAAGGAGCAAGUGUACUUGCAGUAGAUGAAAAUGGUUAUACACCAGCAUUGGCCUGUGCUCCAAAUAAAGAUGUGGCUGACUGCUUAGCUCUCAUUCUGGCUACAAUGAUGCCUGUUUCAUCAAGCAGCCAAAUACCUUCUCUUACAUUUAAUUCCAUUAAUCAUUAUACCACCAGUUCAAAAACAGUCACCUUUGAUUCUUCACCAAUUACUCGAAGUGAACAUAGCUCUUAUUGUAGUUUCAACAACAUUGGGAGGGAAGAUGGGUAUUCAUACACAGAAGAAGAUGAACUUAAUGACUCAGAUUCAGAAACUUAUUAAAAAGCUUCAUUAGAAGUCUGAAGAGUAAACUUACUUGCUGAAUUUCCAGUUUGUUAUUGGAGAAAGAUGUCUUGCUGAAUAUAAAAAAAGGACAACCCAAGGAAAAGAUUUCUUUAACAAAAGUAUGGAGAUACACGAAAAAUAUGACUCUUGAGAAAUUUUUAAAAACAGGUUAUGCAAAAGAAAUGGUUGGAAUUUAUGGUUCAAAAAGUUAUCUAGAAUGUUAUUUAAUUGCAAUGUACUGGUUUCAAUGAAUAAUCCCACUAAGGUUGUGCAUCUUUGUAUAAAGAAAUAUGCAAUUAUACAACAAAAUGGACAAUACAUUUAAAUCUUAACUAUAAAAACUAAGAUCAUUUUGAAGGCAAUAAUUGAGUUUGGUACAAGAGGCAUUGUUUGUGCUGCAAAUUGCCAAAGGACCAAAUAACUUAAGACUUUUUUUAAAUUUAAAAAACCCUUUUUGAGAACACUUGAAUAGCUUAAAUAAGUAAUAGUCUUAA